AUGGAGCAACCCUCUGAUAUCCCUUGUUCCUCCCAUUCAUUUUGCUCAAACUCACCAAGUGGACGACCCUCUGAUAUCCACUGUUCCCUCCAUUCAUUUGCUCAAACUCACCAAGUAGACGACCCUCUGUAUCCCUUGUUCCUCCAUUCAUUUGCUCAAACUCACCCAAGUAGACGACCCUCUGAUAUCCCUUGUUCCUCCAUUCAUUUUGCUCAAACUCACCAAGUAUCCCUUGACGACCCUCUUGAUAUCCUUGUUCCUCCAUUCAUUUGCUCAAACUCACCAAGUAGACGACCCUCUGAUAUCCUUGUUCCUCCAUUCAUUGCUCAAACUCACCAAGUAGACGACCCUCUGAUAUCCUUGUUUCCUCCAUUCAUUUGCUCCAAACUCACCCUCAGUGUUCCUCCAACCAAACUCUGCAACCCUAUAUCCUUGUUCCUCCAUUCAUUUGCUCAAACUUUCCAAAUAGACGACCCUCUGAUAUCCCUUGUUCCUCCAUUCAUUUGCUCAAACUCCACCAAGUGGACGACCUUCAGUAUCCCCUGUUCCUCCAUUCAUUUGCUCAAACUCACCAAAUGGACGACCCUCUGA